AUGUCGUUUGAAGAGGGUACUUUGACAGUUGAUGUGUUGCCUCCGGGCACGCAACGCAUCAAUGACUUGCAAGCUACUCAUAUCGUGCUGGCUCCUCGGCCAACUUCAGAUCCGAAUCAGCCUCUGAACUGGAGUCCAAUGCGCAAAACCCUCCACAUGAUGCUUCUAUCUCUCUACUCGAUGAUGAUGUUUUGCAUUCCUUGCAUGAGCGUCCCAUUCUGGCAAAACUUCAACGAAGAGCUCGGCAUGAGCUAUGAUAUGCUUAACAACGGAUAUGCAGCAAACAUGGCAGGUCUUGCCACUGGCUGCAUCAUCUUCAUCCCUAUCGCCCUGCGCAUCGGCCGUCGACCGGUUUAUCUCGUUACGUCGUUGAUCAUGUUUGGUGCCGGUGCUUGGCAAGCUGAGACGCAUACUGUUGGGGAUAUGAUUGGUAUGAACACUAUUGCGGGUAUUGCCGGGGCUGUCAACGAAGCCCUGUUCCAGGUCACAGUAACGGAACUUUUCUUCGUCCAUCAACGUGGUACAAUGAACGGUAUCUACUUUAUGAUGGUCCUUGUAGGCAACUACCUUGGACCUGUCUAUGGUGGCCAAGUCGCCGUGACGAUGGGUUGGCGCUGGGCUUGCUGGUCCGCCACCGUCUUCACCGGCAUCGUCACCGUCCUCAUGUUCUUCUUCCUCGAAGAAACAAAAUACAUCCCCGCGCCACUCAACGGCCACGACCCUCGAGUCACUACAUCCUCGCCUACCGAUAACGAGUUCUCCAAGGUUAACAGCACCGCAAAGAUACCCUUGCCAAGCGAUUCACCUGCCAGCGUCGACUUCAGGGAGCAGCAGAGUGAUACCAUCGAGAUAGAUCACAGCAUUCCCAUGAACUCCUACUGGAAGCGCCAUGCACUUCUGACAUUGGACAAGCACGAGUCCACUCAGAAGCGAACGUUCUGGAGAGAUAUUUACGAGCCUUUCCAGCUCCUUGCCACAUUUCCAGCUGUCAUGUUUGCUGCGCUACAGUAUGGUUGGAGUAUCGCCAUGCUCGCCAUUCUGGCAGUCACACAGAGUUCACUGUACUCUAUUCCGCCCUAUAACUUUACGACAGCUGGUGUUGGAAACAUGAAUAUCCCCCCAUUCAUCGGUGCCAUCCUAGGAGCUAUUUUCGGAGGACCGCUUGUUGACUGGUCCAUUGUGCAGAUUGCGAAACGCCGUGGGGGUAUCUAUGAGCCCGAGACGAGACUGUGGCUGUUCCUGGUUCCUGGGUUAUCCAUGACCGUCGGAUGUCUGAUGUAUGGACUCACUAUUGCCAAGGGAAUGCCUUGGAUCAUCAACGCUGUUGGCUCAGGCUUUAUCGGUUUCGCCAUCGGAGGUGGCGGCGACAUGUCCCUCACAUUCCUUCAAGACUCUCACGAACAUAUCAUAGGUCCUGCACUGACAGGUGUUGUGUUUGUUCGUAACGUCAUUGCAACUGGCCUAGUCUUUGCCGUCACGCCAUGGAUGGAAGGCAUGGGUGUGUACAACAUGUAUGUGGUGUUGGGCUGCAUUUCUACUGCCGUUGCUUUGACUUGUUUGCCGAUGGUUAUCUGGGGUCGCACAUUCCGGGUUCGGUUGGCGGGCAAGUAUGAGUACUACACCAAUAGGCAGUAUUAG